UCCGCUGAACGGCCCAAAAUAGAAUACCUUCUUCUUGUUUGAAAAUUAGUUGGAGGAAUCCUUCCAGGAUCAUAUACUUUUGUCUGGUAGGUAUAUCGCCCAACCAGAUCUGAAGUCCCAAACUGAAGAAGCUAAAUCAGGAGGAGGAGCUACAAAGAUCACGCAAAGGUCUAAAAUUCAAAUUCGAAUAUCGGAAGAAUGAAUUGGAUACAGCGGAAGAUUUUACUUUACAAUGUCACUUUUGGACUCUACAUGUUGGAUUGGUGGGAGCGGUAUCUCUUCAAUAUAAUGAUUGUGGUGUUACUAUGGUUCGUUUGUUACAACGGAUCACGAUCUGCUGUAGAGUUCUACACAAGCCAUCUUAAGAUAAAGCUUGGAUUGGAGGGAUUGGACCUUAACAACCUGAUAGGUCAUCAGAAGAAUGGGUAAUUGUUCUUCGAAGGAAUGCGCUUCACUUGGUCAUGAUUUUGUUGUGUUUUGGUGUUUCCAGAUAAUUUUUGUACCAAUACAUUUGUCUAUGCCGUGCUCAUUAGCAUAUUAACAUAUUAUGCUCAUUAACAUAUUAUGCAUCAGAAGAAUGGGUAAUUGCUCCUUAGCUGUCGUAUCGAGAGGCAAUUCCAAGGCCAAAUUCCUGUCUAGAGUAAAGAUUUCAAACAAAAAACUAGGUCGAUAGCCAGUAUAGUCUAGGGCUGCCGUUGCAUUUGGUUUGUUAGCCAAGGCAACAGCUGCCUUGUUAACUUCCUUACAGCAAUCUCUGUUUAGUUCUUGUAACUUCCUAAUAAGGGUUUC